UGAGCCUACUCAGCGCUGAAACCUGCGCGGAAAAGAACAAAUCUUCCAGGGGAGCUGCCAUUGUCGCUAGUCUAUAUUAUGCGAGCCAUUGCCCCCUGAAUUACAGACCUAGGAUACAUCCCAUAGACUUGAACUGAACUGAAUCGCAUACUAUUCCUUGCAACCAUGAGUGCAACCUCUGAACCCACUGCCCCAGCUAUGUCAGCCCACAGCGGUGAAGCGGUCGACUCACAGACAAGCGCACCUUCCGCAACGGCUGAAAGUUCCAGUAGCACUGUCGAACAGGCUCAGCCUGCAACCAAUGGCAAGGAUAUUGAAUCAGAGCUCCCAUCCUCCGCCGCCGAUGGGCUCAUUCAGAAGCCCUUCCCCCACCCUCUCGACUCGGCCAAGCCUACUCCGCCUGCUGAGCUUACCGCCGACCAACACGAAAAAUACAAUUCUGUUCUCAGGGCCGUUUCCGCUUGGACAACAGUGCCGACGACGUCUGCGAAGAACGCCCCCACGGAACCCAUCACUGACAAUGAGCGCAUGUUCUUGACCCGGGAAUGCCUGCUUCGAUACUUGCGGGCGACGAAAUGGAACGUGUCCGAAGCCAUAGCACGGUUGGAACGUACUCUGACGUGGCGUCGUGAAUACGGCGUGGAAAAGCUGACCGCGGAUUUCAUCUCAGUUGAGAAUGAGACGGGAAAGCAGGUUCUCCUUGGAUAUGACAUCCACGCGCGUCCUUGUCUCUACCUUCUGCCGUCGAAUCAGAACACGGAAAAGAGCGACCGUCAGAUUCAACAUUUAGUUUUUAUGUUGGAACGGGUGAUUGAUCUGAUGCCGCCAGAUCAGGAGACUUUGGCGCUGAUUGUCAACUACAAUGAAACGAAGUCAGGUCAGAAUGCAAGCGUCGGUCAGGCCAAACAGACGCUCAACUUUCUCCAAAACCACUACCCGGAGAGAAUGGGUCGAGCGUUGGUCAUCAACAUGCCCUUCAUGAUUAUGGGAUUCUUCAAGUUGAUCACCCCGUUCAUCGAUCCUUUGACCCGGCAGAAGCUCAAAUUCAAUGAGGAUCUGUGUCAACAUGUCCCUGCCGCCCAUCUGAUGAAAUCCAUGGGAGGUGAUGUCGAGUUCAGAUACGACCAUGCGGCCUACUGGCCAACCCUGAACCAGCUUGCUGACCACAGGAGGGCUGCGUACCGCGAGCGGUGGGUCCAAGGUGGAAAGAGAAUUGGCGAAUACGAGAACUAUUUGAAGACAGGAAGCACUCCCAGCCUAGCGCAGAGAGAGGCCUCGAAUGGCGCUCCAGCGGAGUAACCACCUGCGUAUCGAUAAUACAACACUCGGAACCACUCUCAACAUCAUGUCAUUCUGUCCUCUGACCUGGGCUUCAAUGGCGUGAGUAAUGUUUACAGCCCCUGCAUCUUUUACAUAAUGUUCCUUAGCAUAUUGUUGAGUUCAUCUUCUACAUAUACAUCUAGACCGCAUAUGUUACACCAUGUUUGCUUUGUUAUGUUCCUCCAACAUCCACGAACUGGGGGAACGGACUUUCGGAUCGAUAUGUCUUGUUUUGUUUUCAUACAAUGGUCCUUAACGCUAAGCGCAUUUGAGCAUUUCCUUUCAUUUCGGUCAAACAGCUUACGCGAUCAAUCCAUUGGGAGGACUAUUACUUUUGUCAAGAAGCAAAAGCGUAUCUUGUAUAUAGACAUAUUACUUCACUGAGGAUGCCC